UCCGGUUCGUGCGCAUCGCGUCUCGGUCGCAAGAACAAAGAACACACAAAUAGAACUUGGACUUCCAACUACACACAGUGUUCGAGUUAAGUGCAGUGAAUAACCACAGUGAACCCAACUAGUCUUCAACCAAGCAUACAAACAGUAAAAUGCAGCGCAUAUAGAAAAGCCAAUCCAGCAGUCAGUUCCAAAAGUAGCAGUCAAGCGACAAGCCAAGUGUAAACGCAAAAGAUGGCCACCAACACGGAGCUGCUGCCCUUCCAUCAUCAAACAAUCGCGGUGUUGAACAAUUUGAAUAGCCACUGUGGCGGAUCCGGGAGCAACGGAGCGGCCCCCAGUGGCGGCGCCGGAGCCGGAGGAGCGCCCAGCUGGGCCAUGGACGAACUCUAUCAACAGACUGAGCUGCCCGGUCUGACGCGAACCGGAGCCACCACCACCCACCACCACCUGCUGCGCUUCACGCCCUACGCCCUGCACCACCGACCGCCGCACCACCAGCUGCAGACCUUGCCGCCGGCCCUCUACUUGCAGCAUGCCGCAGCAGCGGCGGCCGCAGCGGCAGCAGCAGCGGCCCACGCCCAGCACCAUCAUCACCAUCACCACCACCUCCCGCACAGACCAGCAUCGCCGGACAGUCCGCCGCCGGUGGAGGGCACCCACAUCAGCAACCUGUUCCCAGAGCUCCUCGAGCAGAUAUUCGAGCACCUACCAGUGAGGGAUUUGGGCCGAGCGGCCCAGGUCUGCACCGCCUGGCGGGAUGCGGCCUAUGCCAAGAGCGUGUGGAAAGGCGUCGAGGCCAAGCUGCACCUCAAGCGCUCCAGUCCGAGCCUGUUCAACUGCCUGGUCAAGCGGGGCAUCAAGAAGGUGCAGAUCCUAUCGCUGCGCCGCUCGCUCAAGGAUUUGGUCCUAGGCGUUCCCGCUCUGACCUCGCUGAACCUGAGCGGCUGCUUCAAUGUGGCGGACAUGAAUCUGGGCCAUGCGUUCAGCGUGGAUCUGCCGAACCUCAAGACACUGGACCUCUCCCUCUGCAAACAGAUCACGGACACGAGUCUGGGGCGGAUCGCGCAGCAUCUGAGGAAUCUGGAGACCCUGGAACUGGGCGGAUGCUGCAACAUCACGAACACAGGACUGCUGCUCAUUGCGUGGGGCCUGAAGAAGCUGAAGCACCUCAAUCUGCGCUCUUGCUGGCACAUCAGCGACCAGGGCAUCGGCCACCUGGCGGGCUUCUCGCGGGAAACGGCCGAGGGCAACCUGCAGCUGGAGUACUUGGGCCUGCAGGAUUGCCAGCGGCUGAGCGACGAGGCACUGGGCCACAUUGCCCAGGGCCUGACCUCGCUGAAGUCGAUCAACCUGAGCUUCUGCGUCUCGGUGACGGACAGCGGACUGAAGCACCUGGCCCGCAUGCCCAAGCUCGAGCAGCUGAACCUGCGCUCCUGCGACAACAUCUCGGAUAUCGGAAUGGCCUACCUCACCGAGGGCGGCAGCGGGAUCAACUCGCUGGACGUCAGUUUCUGCGACAAGAUCAGCGACCAGGCCCUGACGCACAUAGCCCAGGGACUCUACCGACUGAGAUCGCUGUCCCUCAAUCAGUGCCAGAUCACCGAUCACGGCAUGCUGAAGAUCGCCAAGGCGCUGCACGAGUUGGAGAACCUCAAUAUCGGACAGUGCAGCCGGAUAACGGACAAGGGCCUGCAAACGCUGGCCGAGGAUCUGACCAAUCUCAAGACCAUCGAUCUCUACGGCUGCACGCAACUCAGUUCCAAGGGCAUCGACAUCAUCAUGAAGCUGCCCAAGCUGCAGAAGCUCAACCUGGGCCUCUGGCUGGUCAGGUGAUGCGUCCACCACGACUGCAAUGCCUGUGCGGCGAAGGAGGCCGCUCGCGGCUCUUAUAAUUCCCAACCAUAGAUUCCGGGCGGGAAUGCAAAGGGCAGAGACAAGAUACACUGAAAACUCAUAGCUUUCGUUUGCCAUACCACACGCUGUACUACAUUUUUUUCGUACGAAUCGAGGAACGAGCAGAAAGGCACAAAACAACGCAGCAACAACAAAAAGCAAACAAGCAUGGCGCGCGGGCGGAGUUGGGGGCAGAAGGGACAUGGACAGACGACGUCGGGGGAUGGAGCUGCCAGCUCAGCGUGUUUCUAGCUAGCAGUACAGUAGUGAUGUUUUCGCUGUUAGAAACUUUUUUUUUCGGGAAUAGGCUUUGAAACGAGUACAACUAAACUAAACUUAAAAUAGUCGGACUUCCUUACAAGUAGAAGUUAUUAUUUGUGAACACUCAGUCCUCCAAGUUUAGGUAAAAGCCCUCUUUACAUGACCUACAAUUUCAUUGCAGUUUCCAUGCUCGGAAAACAUAGCUUUUGUAGAAGGGGCUUUUGCAAAUGCAUACAUACUAGUAAAACUCAUGCAAUAGCAUAUAAAUACUUACAAAUGACAUUGACUCAACACGACUCUUGAUAGCCAGAACUAGCUAUUUUCCCGCUGAGAGCGGUCAGCUCUGCCCAUGGAGCUCGUUCUGCUGCGUUGUUGUGUAGUGUUGUGUUUCUAGGGGGCCAGAGCGAGAGGGGAGAUGCCGCUGGCGUCGGCUUACACGCAGCGAUAAAAAACGAAACAGAGGGAAAAAGGAAAAAAGCAGGCAGGCAACAACAACAACAACUGCAGCUAUGGCCGACAGCAACAAAGUGCAUGGCGAUGGAGACGCGCGAUAAGCAGCAGGAGAGGAGAGGGGGCGGGGGACAGUGGGCAGCAAACACACAUGCACAGGGGCAGCAUAAACACACCCAAACACGCAUAUGUGUGUGUGUGUGCGUGUGCAAUGCAGGCCGCAGUUAAGCAGAUGCAAAUAAAUUUAAAUAGUUUAUUUUAAUUCACGCUUCGGCUACAAAAGCCAGCGUCCUCCAUUGCCACAGCAACAACAAAAGCAACAGCGACAGCGAUAACACAACAACAAAAUGAGAAACAGAGAAAAGAAGAAAAGAGAGGGAGUAGCUCCAAUCCGCUCUUCUCUCGCUCCCCACCGCAUUUGUAUUUUUCUUGCCUUGUGCGCUGUGUGCUCCGCUUUUGUAUCUUUGUAUCUUAGUAUCUUUUUUUUUGUUUUUGUGCCUCGCCGUUUUCUUCCCGACUUCGUUGCGAAUUUGUUUAGUACAGCGUCGUUAGUAAUGCCGUUUAAUUUAGUUGAUUAAAACGUAAACGUAAAAUGUAACGAAAACUUAAGCGACAACAAUGUUAAUAGUAGACACUUAAUGAAAAUGCGUAAACUUAAUUCUUAGUUCUUAACAUUUGUCAAGCCACAAUUAGUCAAAUAACGAAAAAAAAGGGGAAGAGAAUAACCAUUAACACAAGUUAUAAAAACAUGAAAAAAACGACCUUGUUUAAUAG